UUAAUGAGAUAUUGAAAUGGCGUAAUGUUAUUGAUUAUUUAUUUGAAUUUAAACCUGAUAUGUUAAUCAAUUGUGUAUUUUGCUAUUAAUUCCUAUGUAUGGAAUUUUAAAGGCUUAAUUAAACAAGUUUAUCUCGAAUUACAUAAAUUAUCAACUUUUAAUCAGAAUUAAGCGACUGUAUCUACGCCAGAUUUCGUUCAUUUAUGUUGGAUCAGUAAGCUCUUCAGCAGCCAUUUGUAGGUUAAAUAUCGCCAGUGAAAAUGUGGAAAACGGUUUUAGUUACAGCUGAUAGAGGAAUUUUCGGGGUAGUGAAAACGAAAAGUGAACGGGGUGUGUUACAAUCAAGAAGUUUAAUUAAGGUUUUAUGGUAUAACAAUUAUUCGACAAAAUUUGAUAGUGGUAAUACCCAUCAGAAGGUAUGUGGUAGUGCGGAGGAAGCUGUUAAGGAUAUUCCUUCUGGAGCUAAGCUUUUAGUAGGAGGAUUUGGUUUAUGCGGUAUUCCCGAGAAACUUAUAGCAGCUCUUGUUAAACACUCCGCCAAAGAGUUAACAGUGGUCUCCAACAAUGCAGGCGUAGAUAAUUUUGGAUUGGGUUUACUUUUAAAACAGAAAAAAAUUAAGCGCAUGAUAUCGUCUUACGUCGGCGAAAACGCGGAAUUUGAAAGGCAGUAUUUAACUGGGGAACUGGAGGUGGAACUAACGCCGCAAGGAACUUUGGCCGAAAGAGUGAGAGCGGGAGGUGCGGGCAUACCGGCAUUUUUUACACCGACCGCCUACGGAACUUUGGUUCACGAGGGUGGUGCGCCUCUGAAGUAUGGAAAGAACGGCGCGGUGGAAAUAUCCAGUAAUAAGCGGGAGGAGCACUUGUUCAAUGGUAGACCCUACAUCAUGGAGGAGGCGAUCACGGGCGACUUUGCACUUAUCAAGGGGUGGAAGGCUGAUCGUCAUGGCAACAUUAUUUUCAAUAAAUCUGCUCGCAAUUUUAACCCUACAAUGGCCAAAGCUGCAAAGAUAACAAUAGCAGAAGUUGAAGAAAUUGUCGAUGUGGGAUCCAUAACGCCGGACCAAAUUCAUUUGCCUGGUGUUUUUGUCGAUCGCAUAAUUCUUGGUAGCGACUAUGAAAAACGAAUUGAGAAAGUCACAAUACAAAAAACCGAAUGCUCAAAAGACUCAGUUGCGAAAAAGAACCCGGGUGCGGAACGCCGCGAACGAAUAGCACGUAGAGCCGCUUUAGAGUUCAGGCACGGAAUGUACGCAAAUUUGGGAAUUGGUAUGCCUAUGCUUGCCUCGAACUUCAUACCGGAAGGAAUGCACGUUGUCCUACAGUCAGAAAACGGCAUUCUCGGCUUAGGUCCUUAUCCUUCCGCUGAUAUGGUUGAUCCUGAUUUAAUUAAUGCAGGAAAGGAAACUGUUACUGUAUUGCCAGGUGGCUCCUAUUUUAGCAGUGACGACAGUUUUGCUAUGAUUCGUGGUGGUCAUAUUGAUAUUACUAUUUUGGGUGCAAUGGAGGUUUCGCAAUAUGGAGAUUUGGCUAAUUGGAUGAUUCCUGGAAAAAUGGUAAAAGGAAUGGGCGGAGCUAUGGAUUUGGUUGCUGCUCCCGGUACGAAGGUAAUAGUCUGCAUGGAACACUCUGCAAAAGACGGUGCCCACAAAAUUCUAGAAAACUGCACUCUACCACUUACUGGAAAGAAUUGUGUCGAUAUGAUUAUUACAGAAAAGGCUGUAUUUAAUGUUGACGCCGAAAAGGGUUUGACUCUUAUAGAAAUUGCUGAUGGAGUUGGUGUAGAAGACAUCGUUUCUUCCACUGGUUGUAGUUUUGAGGUGUCUUCCGAUUUGAAACCGAUGAAGCAAAGUUCUGUCGGUAGUACUUAACUGUUUUUUUACUAUUAACCUUUUCAGUUGGAUUUUUAAUUUUAUUCGCUUACAUUUUAUUUUAAUCAAAAUUGUUAUUGUAUAGGUGAAAUGAUGCAGCGUGAACGGAAAGUCGUGGAAGUAUAAUUUUAAACUGACAGUAAAAUGUAAUUGCAAGGAAUUUGUACAUAAUCUGUUUUUUUAAUUACUAAAAUAUUAGAAUUUUA